UAACGGAAGCAUUACGAGGAUGAGGCGCACUUGGUGGCGUCCGCACCUGCCCAUCGCUCUCCUCCUCCUCGGUCUCUGGUGUUGUAGUUAUGCUCAAAUAAUUCAGAGAGUUUAUCCAAGACGUGGGAGCGCGAGUGGAGCGACACGACUCACAAUUACAGGACAGGGUUUUGCCCAGGAGAGACAAUUCCAGCUAAAUCCAAAAGAUGACACGUUCGGUAACCGAGUGACUCUGGUGUCGAACACCCUGUCCAUCCCUUGUGAUGUGGAAAGAGACUCCACACAUGGCAACCAGAUCAUGUGUUAUACAAGACCCAUGCCAAAUGAUCGAUAUGUGGUCCAUGUCAGUGUGGAUGGAGUCCCUAUCCCUGACAAAAACAUAUGCCGUGGCGUACACAAACCGUACCACUGCAGUAUCUAUUCUGUCUGGUAUCGCACUCCCACCAUCCGAUCCCUGAAUCCAGUCACUGGACCGCCAGGCACCGUGGUGACUCUCCAAGGAAGGAUCUUCAGUGAUGUGUAUGGAAGCAACACUGCCAAAAGCUCAAAUGGUCUCAAUGUCAGAUUUCUGAGAGCCUACAUGGGCGGAAUGCCCUGUGAACUCCUGAAGCCGAACUCGGAUGAACUGUAUGGCCUGACGCUGAACUCCGAACGCUCUCACUGGGGACACAUGAGCUGCAAAAUGGCUGGGACAUACGUCGGGCAUCAUAACUUGAGUUACAUUCUGGAUGGUGAAUUUGGAAGGAGUGCACCAGACAAAGCACUAUACAGGGUAACAGCUUCAAACAAGCUCGCCAUGUUUCAAACCUUUGCAGAAGUCACAGGAGUCACUCCAUCAGAUGGUAGCGUGCUAGGUGGAACCAUGCUAACCAUCCAUGGACGCUACUUUGAUGAAACAGAUCAGCCGGCCCGUGUCCUUGUAGGAGGCAGGCCUUGUGAAAUCCGGAGCGUGUCUGACGACAGAAUUACAUGCAAAACGCCAGAACGACCGAUGAGCAACAUGACAGGCUACCCGGGUGAGAGCACCCCUCCUCCUCCCUCCGUCUAUCGGUGCGGCAGAGGCUUAAAGAUGCAUAUUUGGAACGAGUCAAACCCCCGUUCGCUGAAUGAAAUAACAAGCUACAACGAAAGCAAAGCCGGGCACUGGUCAGAAUGGGUCGACACCAUGCCCCGUGUCUUCUCAGUCUCCCUCAACAUGUUUGUUACAAGAGCGAAAGGCUUCUUCGUCCCUCCAACAACUGACAACUACGCUUUUAACCUCCACUGUGAUGACCGGUGUGAGCUCCUCCUCAGCAACAGCAGCAGACCUGAGGAUAAGGCUAAAAUUGCGUACCAGAAUUAUUAUGUGUACAGCCACAACUCCUUGCCGUCACAGACGUCUGAAACGGUGGCUCUGGAGGAAGGAAAAGCCUACUACAUGGAAAUCCUGCAUCAAGAAUGGAGAGGAAAUGCUCGCAUCAACGUAGGCGUGUUCAGAGGGGAGAGCACCUUCACAGAAGACCAGACGGAGGAUGCCGUCAAUGAGAUCCAGACUAUUGUGGCAGAGCAUGAUGUCUUUGAUGAGGAACAGGUGGUUACCUUUGAAUCCUGGCCCAGCGAUGCUGCUGCAGUCAAAGAGGUCCAGAGGGUGAGCGUCAAAAGCAGCUGCGCCAGCCAUCUGUGUGGAAGCACGUUCUUCAGCCUGGGCUAUGGGGGAGCAAAGACUGGACCAAUUCCUGUCAGUGCCUCAGCCAACAUGGUGGAAGUAGCUUUGAGCGGCCUUUGGUCUAUUAAACCUGACACGGUCCAGGUGACGAAAGAGGACAACAGUCAAAGCUCUCACUACACAGUGACAUUCAACUCUGACAGGGGUGACUUUGACUCGCUUCACUAUGACGUUUUUGGCUCUGACACCAACAUAACUGUUGCCGAGCUCACCAAAGGAAGAGGCAACAGGAAGACGUUUACUCUGCUCUGGGGAGGAAUCCCAACAAAGCCCAUCAACUUCAACGCAUCUGAGUCUGAGGUGAAGUCGGCUCUGGAGGCCAUGCUGAGUGCUGAGUGUCCCGAUGAGAUUCAGACCACAGAGGACUCUGAUGUGAAAUACUCCAGGGGUUUUGAAGAGGGCCGUUCGCAGUACAAUGGUGAUGAGAGAGGGACGCCUGUGAAGGAUUCGGAGGCUUUCUGUGGCCGUUGGUCCCUGAAAAAUGCCGAAGUCCUCUUCAUGGACAAUUAUCCCAAGGAAUCUGGUGGCACCUACGGAGCGAUCUCACUACAACAGUACUUCAUGCUUUGCUUUGCCUACAAGGGGAUGUUGAAGGAUGAAAUCGGAAUCAAGUUCAAGUAUCGCAACAGCCAAGGUCAAACCAACACAGAGAAGACGAAGGUCACAACUAUUUUCAACAAGGGGAACAACUGGAGUUACAAGUGUGUGGACCUGCUGAGUUCCCUGCAGACCGAAUUCUUAGGGGGCCGGUACGAGCUGUUGGGCCUCUAUCUUUACAAACAUGCCUCCGGCGAAGAUUUCUAUGUCGAUGCCAUUCACCUUGGGAAGAGAGCCACCACUAACAAUGAAAAUGCCAUUGUCCUGAAGAGAAGACCCUCGCCCUUCGGCAGCUCCGAGCGUUUCUUUGAGGAGGUUUCUGUGCACAAGACAAACACAUCGCGAGUCAGCUUUGAAAUCAAAGCCACACCACAACACUGUGCCUCUGGGUUUCCUCUGCUAGACAUCGGCUUCCUGCAGGUAAUGUCCAACAGCACCGAGGACAUGGCUGAGUUUAGGGAGGGAGCAACUACCGUCACCAUCACUCGGCCUCACAGGGCUACCCCUCCUCUGAACGGCACCUUUGAUGUGGAGAUUUACGGAGGCCGUGUUGAAGGUCUGUCGGUGGAUAUCAGUGAGGCGGAUCUGAAGUAUGCCCUGGAGGGAAUCCCAGGAAUGGGCCAGGUGCAAGUUACUCAGCAAGGAGACUGCAGACACCCCAAGUGGAGGGUGAAGUGGCUCACUAAGCCAGGGGACCAGCCUCUGAUGAAGAUCAAUGACUCAGCUGUUGUGGGUAACAACCCCGUAGUGGGAGCCCGGGAGAAAAGGAAGGGAGGAACAUUUAUUCGAAGCCUGACAGGAGAUUUCCUGCGUACGUGGGAAACCAAACCUCAGGUGGAGGUUUACAUCAAUGGCAUUCCAUCUAAGUGUGCUGGAGACUGUGGCUUUGAAUGGUCACAAGAGAAGACCCCAAUUGUUACUGGAAUUAGCCCAUCUCAAGGAUCCCAUGGCCAGGGGACUCUUCUGACUGUCACAGGGACUGGCUUCAGCAGUGAAAAUGCUACCAUUAUGGUGGGAUAUGCCAGAUGCCAAGUUGAAGAAGUCACUUCCACCACCCAGGUCUGCAGACUAGGCAGUGCCAGUGCAGGCACCUAUCCAGUGUCAGUUACCUUCCCAUCUCUGGGUUAUGCACGCUACUCUGGGGACAACAUCCUGAAAUUCACCUAUCAGCUUAUUGUCUCCUCUCUCUCCCCCCUCUCUGGAAGUUUGGCAGGAGGGACACUUCUGACAGUGAUGGGGUUCGGUUUCAGUCGGGAGGCUGUAGUCACAGUUGGUGGUGAGGAUUGCCUGGUUGUUCAUGCAAGUGACAGUGAGCUGAAAUGCAGGACCCCUGCAGGUAGCGCAGGAUCGCAGACAGUCACGGUGCGAGUGGGAAACACGAGCCAGACAGCAAGCAGCCUCUUCACCUAUGACAGCACUCUCACACCCAUGAUCACAAGCAUGAGUCCCCAGACUACCCACGUGUUUGGAGACAGAGUCCUCACCAUCUUGGGUUCGAACCUUGGAAGCCAAACCAAUGACAGCACUGUGUUAGUCGAUGGGGAGAAGUGUCCCAUGCUGCAGUGGACAGCGACCAACAUCACUUGUCUUCUCCCCGUGCUUCCACCAGGCCUCUAUAAGGUGGAUGUACAGGUUGGAAACAACGGCUACCCAAAUACAAGCAAUGACAUGAAUGCCACCAUCGAAUACAUCCUGGAGACCCACAGCAUUUCUCCAAUGCUGGGCUCUCUGCUGGGAGGGACCAGACUGACUGUCACCGGCUCUGGGUUCAGCGCUAACACCCCUGACAACCAGGUUUCCAUCGGAGGUGUUGAAUGUGAGGUGAUGGCUUCCUCGGAAAGUGAGUUGCAGUGUAUCGUGCAGUCUGAGGAGCACACCCACACUGUCAGCAACCAAGGUUCCCACCGCGAUUUUGGACAGGGAUAUGCAUGGAGUCCUGCCUCACUGGAGGUGUUUGUUGGAGACACUGUGGUCUGGCGAUGGGAGGCACCAGCCUUUCAAAAUGUGGGGUACAGGGUCUUCAGUGUGUCCAGUCCAGGUGGCACCACCUAUGAAGGGGGACCUUUUGCCAGUGGCGAGACAAAGUCUACAAAAGGCAUCUAUGGCUACCAAUUCACCUUACCUGGUGUAUAUUACUACAGCAGUGGCUACAUUGAUGAGUCCAACAUCAAACUGCUCCAAGGGGUUGUGAGGGUGAAGCCGAGGGAAGAGAAGAGCCAGAAAGUCUCUGUCAGUGUGGGAGGCAUAGCAGCCAGACACAUGCCAGGCGGUUCCCAUCGUGCCACCAGAUCCUCCCCAGAUUGCAUUUCCUCCCAGGGAAACUGCAGCCAACCAUCCAAUCAGACCACAGAUGGCCUGAGCUUCAGUCUCUCAUCCUGCGCCACCCCCAUGGUCCACUACAUCUCACCUCACCAGGGUACAACUCACCAGGUCAUCCACAUCCAUGGUGUUGGCUUCAGUGACGUAACCUGCGCAAAUGAGGUGACAGUGGGAGGUCUUCCCUGCCGCGUGGUCAACAGCUCUCACACCGAAAUCAACUGCAGGCUCAGCGCAGACAGUGGAGCCCCUAUUGGCACCCCUCACCCUGUGGCUGUCAGAGUCAACAACCUGGGCAGCGCCAUUGUCACGGUCCAAAAAGAGCUGGACCGACGCUACGUGGUUCUGCCGGUGAUUGAUUCGGUGUCGCCUCCUGCUGGCAGCCCCACUGGCUACACUCGACUCCACAUCCAAGGCUCUGGCUUCUCAGAGGGAACAGUGACGGUAGCCAACACGCCCUGUGAUGUCCUGUCAGUCAAUUACACCCACGUUAUCUGUGAUACCUCUCCCUCUCAGCCGCGGGCUGGUGACAUCGUCUUCCAAACAGGGAGGAUCCGGAGCUCCUGCCACUCAAACUGCUCCUUCCUGUACUCUGCCUCCCUCACACCUACGCUUAUCGGCAUUUCCCCCGACAGUGUUAAUGGUAGCGGCACCACGGUAACAGUGUCCGGGUCCGGGUUCGGCAGCAGUGUUGAAGGUGUGUUGGUUGUUGCCAGCUCCAUAGAGCUGAAUGUCACAGCGGUGACAGACGGCAGCAUCACUCUCUGGGUUGAUGCUCUGCCGGCUGGGAACCAUGAGCUCCAGGUGAUUGUAAGAGAUAAAGGCCUGGCAUCUGGGGAAGUUACCCUGAACAGCCAAGCUCAAGCGUCCCUCAGCCCAGACGUGGGUAGCACAGCCGGAGGCACGCCUCUUGUUUUCACCGGGAAUGGCUUUGCUCCGGGGAACACAAGCGUGAUGGUCGGUGACUCUCCCUGUGAGAUAUUGGAGGCGACUCCCGGGAUGCUGCGCUGCCUGACCCCACCCCAUGACGAGGGGCUGGUGACAGUGAAGGUCCAGGUCUUCUAUGUAGAGUAUGCGCCUCUAAACUUCACCUACUCGCAGGCACACACGCCUAACGUCAUCGCCAUCAGCCCUGCCACGGGUCCUAGCGGAGCAGUGAUCACACUGACAGGAACAGGAUUUGGCAGCGACCUCCAGCAUGUGUCCGUGGUCAUCAACCGUGUGCCCUGCAAUGUGUCGACUGUCACUGACACGGCGGUCCAGUGUACUGCAGGUGAAAACCCAGGUGGGACGUAUGCAGUCACCCUCCAUCACCAGGUCAAAGGUCACGCCCAGUCAGACGUAGUCUUUUCCUAUGAGCUGCUUCUCAAUGGGGUCCAGCCCAAUGAGGGCAGCUUCGGUGGCGGUGCUCUGUUGGCGGUCCAAGGCUCUGGGUUCGACCCUCACAACUCCAGCGUGCUCAUCUGCGGGGAGGAAUGUGAGGUGGACAGAGAAACGUCGACGUCCACCCGUCUCUACUGUCAGUCUCCGUUCAACAAUGGCACUGAGUCAGAGGUGAGCUGCAUUGUUGCCGUCAUUAACCGGCUGAAUGCAGUCAACAUAUCAAAUGGCUUCACCUACAAAUCCCAGCUUACUCCAGUAAUCACUGCGGUGUCUCCACGCCGUGGAGGGACCGCCGGAGGCACUAGGCUCACGAUCACAGGCUCAGGUUUCAGCGCUAACAGUGAUGAGGUCAACGUAACCAUUGCAGGAUCUGUAUGCGAUAUCCAGUCAACCAACAACACACACAUCAUCUGUGUGACCAACGCUCAGCCCAGGUCUCAAGAAACCAAGGUUCGGGUCAGCAUUGGGGACCAAGGCAUCGCCAGAAUGGACAAUGCCGAUUUCUUCUACGUUGAUGUGUGGUCAUCUAAGUACACCUGGGGAGGACUGUCUCCACCAGAGAAGGGCACGUUUGCUGUGGUCACCAAAGGCCAAACCAUCUUGCUGGACACCAGCACGCCGGUGCUGAAAAUGCUCCUGAUUCAAGGGGGAACGUUGGUGUUUGAUGAAGCAGAUAUUGAGCUACAGGCGGUAAACAUCCUCAUCACAGAUGGUGGUCGACUCCAGAUUGGUCAAGAGGGGGCGCCGUUCCAGCACAAAGCCAUCAUCACCCUUCACGGAAACCUCCGCUCCCCAGAACUUCCUGUCUACGGAACCAAGACACUGGCCGUAAGAGAAGGGGUGCUGGAUCUGCAUGGUAUUCCAGUUCCUGUCCCCUGGACCCACCUGGCCCAGACAGCCACCAACGGCUCCAUCACCCUGACCCUGAUGAAAGAGGUGACGUGGAGGGCCGGGGACGAGAUCGUCAUCGCCUCUACGGGCCAUAGGCACAGCCAGAGGGAGAACGAGGUGAGAAGGAUUGCCUCCGUUUCAGCCGACGGCAGGACCCUCACCCUGACCCAGCCACUGGAGUACACUCACCUCGGAGUGUCCGUCACACUGCCUGAUGGGACGGUGUUUGAGGGCCGGGCAGAGGUGGGUAUCCUCACCAGGAACAUUGUGGUGCGAGGCUCCCAACACCAGGAAUGGGACGACAAGAUAGAGGCCUGUCCCGAUGGUUUUGACACAGGUGAGUUUGCCACCCAAACCUGUUUCCAAGGACGGUUUGGCGAGGAGGUCGGCAGUGAUCAGUUUGGAGGCUGCAUCAUGUUUCAUGCACCCAGGCCAAAUGAGAAUCUUGCCAUUGGAAGGCUGGAAUAUGUUGAGGUUUUCCAUGCAGGCCAAGCCUUUAGGCUGGGUCGGUAUCCCAUCCACUGGCAUCUGAUGGGAGACAUCAAUUACCAGUCAUACGUGAGGGGCUGUGCCAUCCAUCAGACCUUCAACAGGGCCGUCACCAUCCACAACACCCAUCGCCUGCUGGUGGAGCACAACGUCAUCUACGACAUCAUGGGUGGGGCCUUCUUCAUCGAGGAUGGCAUCGAGACGGAGAACAUCCUGCAGUACAACCUGGCUGUUUUCGUCAAGCAGAGCACCAGCCUGCUUAAUGAUGAUGUCACCCCGGCCGCCUAUUGGGUCACCAACCCGAACAACAUCAUCCGCCACAACGCAGCUGCCGGGGGAACCCACUUUGGCUUCUGGUACCGCAUGCACGAGCACCCCGACGGCCCAUCCUAUGACCCGAACAUCUGCCAGAAGAGGGUUCCUCUUGGGGAGUUCACCAACAACACCGUCCACUCUCAGGGCUGGUUCGGCAUCUGGAUCUUCCAAGACUUCUUCCCCAUGAAGGACGGUAGGUGCCGCUCCAGUACCCCAGAGCCUGCUGUCUUCCACACCCUCACCACCUGGAACUGUGAGAAGGGCGCCGAGUGGGUGAACGUGGGCGCCGUGCAGUUCAACGGCUUUGUCAUGGUCAACAACGAGAAAGCUGGCAUCGAAUCCAAGCGCAUCAUGCAGUGGGCGGUGAGUAGCUUCGGGGAGGAUGGAGGGGCAACAGUGUCAAACAGCACCAUUGUGGGUCACAUGGAUGAGCUGGGCCUGGGAGAAAACUACUGCACGCACCGCGGAGUCAUCACACCUUUUGAUGACGGCAUGAGCGUCCUCAACACCACGUUCAUCAAUUUUAACCGCGGUUCCUGCACAGCCAUUGGGGUUACCUCAAUUGACGGCACAUGUGUGCAUAACUGCGGAGGCUGGGCUGUCAGGUUCGGUGGAAUCCAGUACUUCAACUCACCCAACAAGGCUGGCUUCAGAUGGGAGCACGAGGUGCAGUUGGUGGAUACUGACGGCUCCCUCACAGGAAACAUCAACCAUAAGGUGGUGCCUAUGAGCCCCUUGCUGGACCCGGCACACUGCUCCCAGAGUGCUGAGUGGAGUGUGGGUUUCCCUGGCGCUGUGUGUGACAACACCGUUCACUUCCAUCGACUGUCAUUCAACAACCCUUCACCUUCCUCUCUGAGGGCCAAAGAUGUCAUGCUGACCAACUCACACGGCACCAGUGUGAUUGCAUAUCUAAAGAAGAGGAUGACUCAUAAGUUCGGCUGGAUGGCCUUGCUGCCGUCGGGGCAUACUUACAAUUGGUACUUCAAUGAUGUGGCUCAAAUAACAAACAUCACUUACAGUGCAAAGUUCUACAGCUUCCAGCCGGAUCAAUAUGUGAUCAUCCACCACAACUUCACUCAGAGCCCGGACAAGUUCCGGAUAGUGGACAUCAGAAACGGCUCAGCGUCUCCCCUCAGCUACAGCAACAACCAGAAUGGAGACUGGUAUUUCAAUGACAGCUCCAAUGACCUCUACUACAUCGUGUCGGGGAAGAGAAGCGAGCGCAGACGGCGUGCAAGCGUUGACCGCUCCAUGGUGGAUGUGGCGGUGAACUUCCAAGUGUACCGCUGCUUCUUCCCCAACUGUAUCCGACCACCACCGCCUCCUCCAGCCACCCUCGCCCCUGUGCCUGCCCGCCGGCCUGAUGACUUUAUGUAUGUAGGUAGCCUAUGGUCCAAUGCUUCUUUCUGGAAAAACUCAGCUGACAAUAACUUCACCGCACCAGCAGAGGGCGCUGACGUGGUCAUACCAACAGGGACAUGGGUCAUCCUGGACAGCGACACGCCUCCUCUCAAUAAACUGACGGUGGUCGGAGUCCUUGAGAUCCCGGACACCACGAACGACACCUCCACCAGAAGGGCCCGGUCUCCACCUGAAUACAGGACUGUGGUUCUCGACGCUACCUACAUCUCUAUCCAGGGUGGCAGGGUGAUAGCCGGAUGGGAUGAUGAACCUUUCAGAGGUGCGCUACACAUCAAACUGAGGGGGAACCAUCAUACCCCCGACUGGCCCCUACCUAAGGGGCCAAACCAGGGAUCCAAGGUCCUGGGUGUGUUUGGUACCCUGGAGCUGUACGGGCUGCCUCAUAAUGUGUACCAUACCAAACUAGCCAGCACCGCCCCUGUAGGAUCAAACACACUUACUCUGGUGGAGCCUGUUGACUGGCAGGUUGGAGAUGAGAUAGUUAUCUCCACUACCAGCUAUAACCCUUGGGAGACGGAGACGCGUCAAAUAACUGCAGUGUCAGCAAACACCCGCACCUUGACCCUAAACCAGUCUCUGACGCACACUCACGUCGGAGAGACUCACAGUGUCUCGGGCACUCCUAUGACCUACAAAUUGGCGGCAGAUGUUGGCCUUCUGACCAGAAACAUUAAAAUUAUUGGUCAGCACUACCCUGCCCUGUUUGAGGAGUCAUUCGGAGCAAGGGUGGUGGUCGGUACCUAUUCUGGGGCCGGCGUCGACUAUAAAGGCAAGGCUCAGAUCAGGAAUGUGGAGUUUUACCGCUCUGGUCAGGAGGGAUGGACCGACUACACUGACCCCCGCUACUCUGUGGCCUUCAUCAACCUGGGCCAGCUUGCAGAGAACGAGUCCUAUGUUCAGGGCUGUGCUUUCCACAACGGCUUCUCUCCUGCAAUCGGAGUCUUCGAGACGGCGGGGAUGAAUAUCGAUGACAACGUCAUCUUCCACACCGUCGGGGAAGGUAUCAGAGUCUGGGGCAGGAAGAUUGCCGUGCGGAGGAAUUUGGUGACGCUGACUUUGUGGCCAGGAUCCUACCAAGACAGAGAGGAGACCUUCAACUAUGACUGGAAUGCUGCCAUAGAGGUCAAUGAGGGAACCAACGUGGUAUUGCAGGACAACGUUGUGGCAGGCUACGAAAGAAUCGGGUACCGCAUCGAUGGUGAACCAUGCCCAGGUUUUUUGAAUGAGAAUGAGAAGUGGCAUCACAACGAGGCCCAUGGCGGUCUGUUUGGCGUGGUUUUGAACAAAGAUGGCCUCCCUAGCUGCUCCCUUAUCCAAGGCUUCACCGUCUGGAGGAGCUUUGAUUACGGUAUUUACUUCCAGACUGUGAUGAAUGUGAUUGUUGCCAAUGUGACCCUGGUGGACAAUGGGAUGGGUAUCAUGCCUCUCAUUUUUGCCCCUCCAUCCCUCUCUCACCAGUACGCUGAUAAGAUGGCACGGAUCGAGAAUGCCCUGAUUGUUGGCAGCAGCCCCAACUUCAACUGUACCGACAGCUUGUCCAUCAGCGAUUACAACAUCAAGGAGAGCACUCGCCACCGCGCAGCAAGACCUCUAAAUGACGGCAGGUCAGGAAUCAGCUGGCCGACCUUUGGCUCUGGGCACAACAACGCCCCCAUUAAAAACUAUGAUUUGAACAACAACUACAACGCCAUCAAGGGGCUAAUGAGAGUCAUCGACACAACAUUUGUCGGCUUCAGGAACGUCUGCUCCAGCCAGACCAAUGUGAUGUUCAUCACCAACCCGUCCAACGAAGACCUGCAACACCCAAUACAUGUUCAGGGUCUCACAUUGAUCGACAGCACUGAGGGAGCCAAGGUCUUCGUCCACAGGCCGGAUCUAGGUAAGGUGAACCCAGCUGACUGUGUGGACAUGGACUGCGAUGCCAAGAAGAAGAGCUUGAUCAAAGACCUGGAUGGGUCCCUCUUGGGUGCAGUGGGGGCUGUUGUGCCGCAGUCGGAGUAUGAAUGGGGAGGGGACCCCAGGAGGGGACUGGGCGACUACCGUAUACCCAAAGUCAUGCUAACAUACCUCAAUGGCAGCCGCAUCCCUGUGGAUAAGAUUGCGCCACACAAAGGUGUGAUCAGGGACAACUGCACAUACAUGCCCCACUGGCAGAGCUACAAAUGCUUUGGACUAAACUACAGGAUGCUGGCGAUUGAGAGUCUGGACUCUGACACCGAAACCCGGCGUCUCUCCCCUGUGGCUGUGCUCGGAGAAGGAUACGUGGAUCUCAUUAACGGCCCUCAGGACCACGGUUGGUGCUCUGGCUAUACGUGUCAAAAGAGAGUGUCUUUGUUUCACAGCAUCGUGGCGACUGGACGUGCCUUCGAUGUUUAUUUCAGCAGCACCACCCCUCAGAAACUACGCCUCAUGAUGCUCAACGCUGACCCCUCUGAGAGUGUGUUGGUCUCGGUCUUCUACUCCAACCCACAACGGCUGGAUGUGUAUGUCGACAACAGUUUGGUCGCCCCAACUAAUGCCAAAUGGAACAAUGAUGAGAGCGACUACACCUUGAAAGAGCCAGUCUUCCCAGACCAAUACGUUCCCCAGAUGAAUUCCACUUCUGGAACAAACUAUUUUGACCAGGACUACAAAAUGCUGAAGGUCCUGGUGAGAGGCUCCAAACCAGUGGAAAUCCGCACCUCCCCGGUUCUCUUCCUCGCCUUCCAGCUUCCCGCCAUGACAGAGGAGGAGUUCUUUGGAGACAACCUGGUCCAGAACCUGGCUCUAUUCCUCAAGGUGCCCCCAAAUAUGAUCCGAAUCACAAAGAUUGUCCGGGAGGAUGGAGGGUCGCGGCGCAGGAGGAGGUCCACCGGCUUGAUGGUGGAGGUGGAGAUCAAGAAGCCUCCCAUCCAGCAGACCACCAACUCCACCAGUGAUGAGGAGGACUUUGCCGUGCUGAAGAACAUCGCUAAUGACCUCGGUCAGGCGGCCGUGUCCGGCAACCUGAGUCAGUCAAUAGGCUUCAAUGUCUCUUCUAUGGGCGUCAUCCCACCUCCUCCUCCAACUACUGACCCUGCGUGGAGAGAGGUUGCCACCGUAGAGGUGUCAAGGGAGGAACCUGAAGUCAGUUUUGUCUCCAGUGUGUCUAAUCUGGUGGUGAUGGUGGAGCCCAUAGCAGGGGAGUAUGUGGGUCCUCUGUACCAGCAGCCCAGUCUCAUGGCUGUCGAUCAAGAGGGUAACUGUGUAUCUGUGGGCAUCACAUCCCUCACAGCAACAGCCAACCUAAAAGACUCCAAUGGUAACGCUGUGGCCGGACUUGCAGGAAAUACCACUAUUCUCUUCAGCAGCUGCUGGGCCAAUUACACUGGCCUGGCCAUCCUCAGUAGUGGUGAGAAUCUGACUAUGACCUUCACUCUGAAUGAAUGGGAGGCUCAAUCACGCACCUUCAGCGUCAAGGCCACGACGACCACCCAGAUCCCUGCUACCGGCAACAGCACCACAUCCACAUCCACAUCCAUAUCGACAUCGACAUCCACUGCCUCCAUCACCAGUCUUCCUGGGACCACUACCCUAACGAUAGAAACCACCACAGAUUCAAACAGCCUCUUCGACUGCGGUGCAAGCCUCAGCUCUGGCACCCUCUUCCUGGUUAGCAUCAUCUAUGCACUGACUCUCCUAUUUAGAGGGCUGUAA